UUGGUUCCGUAUAACCAGUAAUCGUCAGGGAUAAAUAUAAAACCCAUUGUACUUGACAGAGUUCAUAUAGAGAGAGUACAAAUACCUGGCAGCCGCUCAUACCGAAUACCACACACAUUAGUCUUACUUACAGCUCCUCGUGGCUUGAUUGAGACGAAUUGCACUUAAAAUAUGAGCUUUAAGGCAUCAUUUGCUGUGCUAGUUCUUGUUCUCGCUGUCUGUGAGUUGCACCAGGUACAUUGUGCAAGACUGGAAGACCAACUUUCAGAAAUCAGAGAAAGGCAAGAUGCCAUCAACGCUGCAAAACAAUUCCAGGAAAUUGACUUGGAAAAAGAAUUGGAAGACCCCGAAGAYGAGGCUUUUCCGUUUAAAAGAAAACGCGAAAGAAAUGUCAGUCUGUCUUGUCUGACAAGGUAUGGUUUCAUUACAGCCAUCAAGGCCUUGGGUAUCACCAAACUACCAGGCGUGAAGCUGGGCACCAUUCCAAGAAACCUGGUCAAAUAUUUGGAAAAGCAUAAAGAGCUCACCAUACCAGUGAAAUUCACGCUACCAACUACGAGACCGCCUAAGUAUCGCUCACGAUUUCGCAAUAGGGAAAGAAAGCCGAGACCACGAAGUAAGAAACCUCGACCACAAGACGAGAAAGUGAGAAGCAUUUUUCAAAAUGAUGAUGAGGGAGCUGAGAAUGAUGAUGACUCAGUCGUGAAUGUCCAAAAGCGAAGUGAACGUCCCCUUUGUGCUGAUAAACUUAUGGUUACCACGGUUCUUGCUCGACCAGGGAGAGGCUCAGAAGCUUACCAGAUACAAACUCGUCAAUGCGAGGGGUCUAGUUGUCAAUCCCGACUAUUUUCCGCUGUGUAUAGGAAUCCUAUUGGUCGCUGUGCUGUGGUGCAAACUACCAUGCUGCUCUACAUUGUUGACGCAAAUAGAAUGCUGGUUCCACAAACGUUUAACUUUGGUACUGCCUGCGAAUGCUUGUCUCCUUUUCCCUGACUGACGACCCCAUCAAGGUCUGCCUUCCAUGGUUCAAGCUACGUAGAACUCUAUAGGACAAACUCUUCUAUAUUAAAAGUAGAACUGUAGAAGUAGAACUCAUGUUUGAAUAAAAUAAUCACUUAAACUUUCAUAAMAUGGUUGUGACUAACUUAAUCCAUAACAAUGGCAUUUAUUUGGUUUUUAGAUGUAUUUAAGUAAACUAGUGAUUAAUAGAAUAUUGUAAACAUCCACAUAAGUCAAUAAAGAUACCGAUUGCAGCAUUUGA